AUGGCUCCCAAGAGUCGAUCUAAACGGCCAAGCCUCCUCUCCAAAGGCCGACCACCAACCGUCAAACCCAAACAGGCAGCACUAUCCUCGAAAGCCACCCGCAAUCUCAUCAGAUCCCACCAUCAACUCCUCAAAGCCCGCGCCCAAGCCGAAAAGGCCGGCGACGCAGCCAAAGUGAGCAGCAUCGAUGCUCAAAUCCAAGCCAAUGGCGGACUCGACAGCUAUCAAAUCGCCAGCAAGCUGGGUCAAUCCAUGGACCGGGGUGGUGAUUCCAGCAAAUUACUGAUUGACUGGAUCAAGCCCCAGCUGGAUCAAUGGAAGCCUGAGAUGCCGAAAUUGCGCGUUUUGGAGGUUGGAGCUUUGAGUACGAAGAAUGCUUGUUCGAGGACUCCGUGUUUGGAUGUGACGAGGAUCGAUUUGAAUUCUCAGGAACCGGGGAUUUUGAAGCAGGAUUUUAUGGAGAGGCCUUUACCUGCUUCGGAUGAGGAGCGUUUUAAUAUUAUCAGUUUAUCGCUGGUUUUGAAUUAUGUGCCCGAUGCAACGGGUCGGGGCGAUAUGCUCAAGCACUGUGUCAAGUUUUUGACAUCUCAAUGUUCCAUCUCAUUUGUCCCGACGCUGUUCUUCGUGUUACCGGUGGCGUGCGUUGAUAACUCGCGCUACGUGACAGAGGAGAGACUACUCGACAUUCUAUCCAGUCUGGGAUUCCAACUGGUGCAAAGCAAGCGGAGCAACAAGUUGAUUUAUCAACUAUGGAAUUAUACAGGGCAGUCUUCCCUUCAAAGUUUCAAGAAGGAGAUGCUCAAUCCGGGUGCGAAACGGAAUAAUUUCGCCAUCAUCCUGCGUGAGGGAUGA